CUCUUUAAAAGGCGGAACCACUGUUCAGCCAUUUGCUUUAACUAGCGUCCUUCUGAUACUGGAUGAAAAAGGCUGCAUCGGGGAGGCAACACUUCGUGAGGCAACUCGUGAUCUGAACUUGUUUCCAGUAACAUCAUGGAUGACCAUGCGUCGUACUCGGCACCGUCAACGCCAGCACCGUCAACAAAUAAUGAGCUCACAGCACCCCCGCUGUCGACAAGCCCCGUCCCUGACUCCUCAUUCACAUACAAGAUGACUGAGGAAGACAUUCUCCAGUUUGUGAAGUUGAGAGUGUCCAAUAGAGCCCUCUUCACCGGGAAGAGGCAUUCAGCCAGAGUGGCUUGGAGGCAGAUUUUAACAGAGAUGGGUCUUCAGAGGAAGAUGACUCCACUUCAAGCGAGGAAGAAAUGGGACAACCUCGUUAGUAAAUACAAGAUGAUUCACGAGCAGGAGCUGCGUGCUCCGCGUCCGGGCUCAGGGUCGAACCCGCAGACAGACUGGCCGCGCUACAAAUUCAUGGACGACGCCAUGCAGGGUCGCCUUGACGACAGCGCCAAGAAGCUGCCAAUCACUGACGCCGCCGCCGCCUACGCCGGCCAACUCGUGCCGAGGAAACCGCGCAAGAGGGGCUGGCCGCCGCGACCUGGCAGCCGUGCAUCCAUGGCAACCAAGAAGGCAACCACGUCUUCAUCAGUGGGCCUCAUGCCGGCCUUGGGCCUCAUGACGGAGCAUGAUAACCCUUAA